AUGGCUUCAAUGACCAUCCCAGCGAUCACAAAGAUUCCGGUAACCAUCUCCGGGUACAACAAAAGACGAAGCUUCACGGUGAUCAAAGCCUCCGCGAGCGAGAACACAAGUAUCUUGGAGAACAAGAAGCAAGAACAAAGCAUGAAGAUGAGGAGGGAUCUAGUGUUUACUGCUGCAGCUACGGCUGUGUGCUCUUUAGCUAAAGUAGCAAUGGCGGACGAAGAACCGAAAAGAGGAACAGAAGCAGCUAAGAAGAAGUAUGCUCCUGUAUGUGUCACAAUGCCUACGGCUAGGAUUUGCCGUAACUGA